AUGGGGCGGGUGUCCACUGAGAGACCGGUGGUGAUGAUCACCGGCUGCUCCGAGGGAGGGAUAGGGUACGCGCUCGCAAGGGCGUUCGCGGCGGAGGACUGCUUCGUGGUGGCGACAGCCAGGUCGCUGGAAUCCAUGGGGAACCUCGAAGGGGACCCCCGGUUCUUCCUCCAGGAGGUGGACGUCCAGUGCGAAUUGAGCAUCCAGAAGGCCGUGGGGGCCUCCCUGGGGAAGUUCGGCCGCAUCGACGUGUUAAUAAACAAUGCAGGAAUCCAUUGCGUCGCCCCCCUCGCCGAGGUCCCCAUGUCCUCUGUAGAGAGUGUUUUCGACACUAACGUCUAUGGUGAGCGUCGUUUUUCCCGGUCGUGAUUUCUGUCGACCACACUGUUCUGCUGGUUCUUCUUUUUUUUCUUUUUUUUCUUUUGGAUGUUUAGAAUGCAUAAAAUUAGAGGUGUUACGGAUCGGGUACAUAUUCUCUUUUCUAAAUACUGAUUUGUCGAUCAGUGAAUAUUUUUCAACACAGAUCUGCUUCAUAGCGAUGUGAUGACAAGUACUGCUGUAUUUUUUUAAUCUUGUCUUAUUUCCCCGCUGUUUCUGUUUUAUUUGGAAUCCAUUAGUCGCGAAAGGCCCCUACCGAUUCCUAGUUUCCAAAAGAACAGUUGUCUGGAAUGAGAAGAAAAUAAUAAUUUUCCUCUCUUGUUUCACUUUAAUAUUCAAAGAUCUAUAAGGUGGUCUUUCAUCGUCCCUCCUGUUACCCAUUUCGGAUAAAAGAAAACCCGAUUGCUUCCAGAGUUUCUGUAUGUAACCUUCCUCUAGAUAAUGCAUUAUGCUACGACCACAAAAUAAUUUUCUGGCGUACUAGUGUAAAAUUAACGGGUCUCAAAAAUAUCAAAAUGUUUUAUUACCUUGAUGAGGAGCCCAGUCGCCCAAUUAGUUAUAACUGUUUGAGCGUCCAAGGAUAGAUAAAGGGUUUCAUGGCCUAUAGCUCCAUUCUUUUAUCCUCCUUACUCCAUGGCGGACUCUGAAUUCGUUUUCCUGCUUGGAAUCUAUUAUCCAUCAUUUCUCAUGCUCGGCAUCUAUUAUUUUUAAAAAAAAAAUCCCUGCCAGAGUUUCUCAUACCAGAAACUCAAUUUUAUGAAGUUCAUUGAUCAUUCUCUGUUGCUAAGUUUCUGACUUUUGACGUUUUUCUCUCUGUGUAACUGAUGCUUUAUCAUUUCAUGCAUUCGUGUCACGUGACUCAUUUAAUGGUGCUGUCAUUUUCCCCAUUAUUUAUGUCCCAGUUGUUAAAGACAAUAGUUUUAUAUAAUUGGCGUGCAUGUAUUCGACUAAGUGAAAGCGGCCUCUUUCUCCAGUUAAUGCUUCAUAUCAUCGUUUUCACCUUUUCUACAACAUUGGCCUUAAUUCUUCGUACCAUCAUUCUGUGAACUCUUUGAAUAAGUCUGGUUCCCAGACUCUGUGUGAUAUUUAAUCCCUAUCAUUCUGUGUUCUUUUUUUUGUCAAUUUGGAGAAUAUUUUCCCCUUUUUUCCAAGAUUUUUUUUUCAUCCGACUGAUCUUUAUCCUCAUGUAGUACCACCUACAUUUUCUAUUUUCAUAUCUGCUCCCCAGCUUUCUAAAACUAUAAACUCGGUUGGACGUUUUCUUUUCUUUUUCUAUAUUUUUCUUCUUUUGUUUUGCUAGUUUUUUCGGGUGUCUCCAGUCAAUAGGUCAGAAUUUGUCUAGUAAACACAUCUCAGUGGCCCAGCUUCUUGUUCUUGGAUAUGUUAUUUUCAACCAAAACAUCCUUCAUUCUUUGAUUGAGACUUAUUUUUCUUUGUUUCUGCACAUUAUUAUCUUAUACCAGCUUGAAUGUUUUAAUGACCACUGUUUCUGCACCUCACUUAUUGUUCAUGAACUGAUCAGAAGUUCCUGAUGCUGCAAAUUUCCUUUGUGGCUAUUUUUUAGGCCCCCUGAGACUAGUUCAAGCUAUCGUCCCUCACAUGGUGAUGAGGAAAAGGGGUAAGAUAGUAAAUGUAGGUAGCAUUACAGGGCUGGUAUCUGGACCAUGGGCUGGUGCGUACAGUGCAUCCAAAGCUGCUCUUCACAGCAUAACUGACACCUUGAGGUUUGAACUAGUGCUUUCAUACUUUUCCUCUUCAAACUCAGGCGUGAAAUCAUAUCAAAUUAAUUCUGGUUCCUCUCGUUAUUGUUCAAAAUAGCUCAUAGAUCUUCUGGAUUCUACUGCAAAAUCAGAUAAAAAAUGCUUCUGUCUACUUUAAUAUCAAUACUCUGAUUUUUUUCGAUUUUAUAGGUUUUUCGAAGAAAAAGUACAUACAUACGAUUGUUUUUGGUUCACUUCAUAAUUGCAUAAAAGAAAUCUAUUUUAUUGGGUUUUGCCGAAGAACAAAAAAAUCGGUCUUGGUUCUUUUCGUUAUUGUUGAUAAAUUGGUCAUAUAUUCUUGGUUUUCUCGCACAAGAGUAUAUCAGAUUGCUUCUAGAUUCUUUCACUAUUAUUUAUACAUCGAUAAUUUAUAUCCUGGCCUUUCUGGAAUUUUUUUAUUUAGUUACAUAUGAUUCCCUUCAUCACUGUUCAUAGAGAAACUGUCGGGUAUUUAAAGAGAAAAUUAUAUGAAAUUCCCAUCAGUUCCCUUCAUUAUUGUUCCCUAGUUGGUUAUCCAUUUAUUGCUUCUCGCUCAAAAUUAUAUCAAAUUCUUUUCGGUUUCCUUCAUUGUUAUUCAUAAAUUGCCCACUUAUUUCCUGGACUUUAAAAAAAAAAUCCUAUCAAAUUUCUUCUUGCUCCUUUGAUUUUCUUCUAGUUUUCAUUGAUACUGCAUGCAUAUUUUUUUCAUCAAUGCUACAGAAUUUAACGAAAUAAACUAUAUCAGAUUUCUUCAGGUUCCAUGGAUCAUCAUCAUACAAAAGCAUUCAUCCAUUCCAUGGGUUUCUCCCCAUAAUUUCACCUAUUUCCUUCAGGUUUUCCCCUUAAUUAUAUACAUUUACCCUCAUAUAUUCCGUAAUUCUAAGGCACGCUGAUAUCCUGUGUUUCUCCAACCGAUCUCCCCUCUCCUUAAUACAUAAACAAAUAGACAGAAUAUUUUUUUUGAACGAUUCUCUUACUACCAGAAAUCUCAGGCUUACCACCCAUCCACUGAAAUCCUCCCCAACUCCUCUCCUCCGCAGGUUGGAGCUCAGACCUUUUGGCAUUGAGGUCAUCAGCGUGGUCCCUGGGUCAGUCAAGUCAAACAUCGGUCUCUCCAGCCUGUCCAUCUACAAGCGCAUGCCUGAGUGGAAACUGUACAAGAGAUUCGAGCCACUGAUCCGCAUGCGGACUGACUAUUCCCAGUGCGUCCGGUCAACCCCUGCCGAGGAGAUUGCCAGGAAGGUGGUGGGCGCCGUCCUCAGCCAGUACUCACCACCCUACCUCACCUACGGCCACCUCUCCGGGUCCUUUGCCAUCCUCUACCACCUCCCCCUCUUCAUCAGGGACUUCAUCAUCCGGUUAUCCAUGAAGCUGCCGCUUUGGUGA